AUGACUCAAUAUAAGCAGAACGUGAACAACCUUCGCGUUGAAGCCGGCGCACAUGUUUUGUUUCCUGUAUACGACAUUCCGUCUAGACAGCGACAUUCCGUCAAAUCCGUUUCCAGUUUUGACAACUAUACGUGGACAAGUCAUCAAUACGAUAUCGCUAUUCUGGAGCUCGAUUCAGAAGUAAACUUCAAUCAAUAUGUCCAACCAGCGUGUGUGCUCCUGGAGAAAAAUCUAAUUGAUAAGGUUGGAACGGUUGUCGGAUGGGGAUUGACUGAGUUCAAUGCAGAAUCUAGUGUUUUGAGAGAAGCCCAAUUACCAGUGGUAGAUACCAUUACCUGUCUGAAUAGUGAUCAUGUGGCUUUCGGGCCAACUUUGAAAAGAGGAAUGUUCUGUGCUGGUUACACAAAUGGCACUGGCGUGUGUAAUGGUGACAGUGGUGGAGGACUAUUAUUUGAAGUCAACGGAGUGUGGCAUUUAGGAGGGAUCAUAUCGUUUACAAGAGCACGAGAUGAAGACAAAGCAAAGUGUCAAACGAAAGGCUAUGCUGUUUUUUCCAAGGUACAUGACUAUCUAUCAUGGAUAAGAGAAAAAACUAAUCUGAAACACCUCAUCGGCGAAGGAGAGCCCAUCAACUCGAAGAUCUGCGCUGCGAACAAUGCAAACGUAACGAAUACGGACGUACGUAAGCUUCCAAUAAGGCAUUGUGGAGUCUACUAUCCGAAUCGAGUGUAUAUGGGUCAGCGCACAAGAGUUUUCGAGUUCCCCUGGAUGGCAUUGUUGAUCCAUGCCAGUGGAUAUUGGCAAAGGGUUGGAAGUCUUAUCAACAAUCGAUAUAUUCUUACUGGAGCGUUGCCUUUUCUACCUAAAGACGUAAUAAAGGCACGCCUAGGUGAGCACACGAUUCAUCAAACAAUUGACUGUAAUGAGGAUGAAGACUGCGCACCUCCUGUACGAGACGUUGACAUCGAAUGCAUAAUUUACCAUCCACAAGCCAGCCGAAUACGCUAUUCAAAUGAUAUUGCACUCGUCAGAUUGGCAAAACGUGUUGAUUUCGACGGUAUUGCGAAGGUUAGCUCGUAUAUGGACUGGAUUUUGACGAACAUCGUACCGUAAGUGUUUCGGAAACCAUGUCUGGAGACAUUUUCAGCAUACAAGGCGCGAUUAGUUUUAGUUAUAAAAUAUAUCAAGUUCAGAUAGAUCAGUGGGGACGUAAAGAAGAGGGGAAUAGAUCAGAACAGUAAGUCAGGCUGUCACUCUAAGAAAAACAGUAUAAUAUAUUGUUACAUAAAGAUCGGAUGUAAAUGUAUAGUAGCUACCAAUGUGCACAGCUUUUAGCGAACCAUUCCAUUACAAUACACUAUAUUGUAGCUGGUACACUGUAUGGUACAGGAAUGGUUUUCACCAAAUACCCUACGGUUAGUUUUUAUCCGGGUGUACACGUUGGGUUGUUAUGUGUCUGGAACGAAAGUUCCACAAAAAUUGGAUGACCCGAUCAAAAACUACCAAUAAGGAUAUAAUCUUUAUAAUAAAUCGUGUUGGUCCUUAAAGAACACUCCACUCUCACUAUCGAAGGCUGGUCCGGUUCCACAACAGACGGUUUCCAUGCAUGAACAUAUGCUGUUUACAAAUAACCGACUGCAACAUAAUUCAUAGUCACUAAAUAUGUACCAAUAUUGGCUUAUUUUCAGUUCACUAUCUCAAGAAUAGUUGGUCUUCUAUGAAUGUGUUGCAGAACUCUGUGAAUUCUUAUUAAAGUGGGAUUUUUAAUUGUUUUCCUGAGUAUUUGUGGAACGGUGCAACGUUUACCACUACAGCCACCCCUCGGUGUUGUGCGUACCUGCGCGCAUACACUCAUCGACGUGUUCGACGACGACGACGAAGUGCGAGAGAGCAGAAAACGAACACCAUCAUCAUAAGUAAAGCGACUGCUACCGCGUUCGGUUGAUUGUUGUAUCAUUCUCUAAAUAAAGUAGUUUAAAGUUA